GUUUGAUUGAUUUCUCAGAGUCUCCAUUGUUUCCCGUACAAGGAAGCUCUAACUUUAGAUUCGAAGUUUUCAUCACGCUUCUUCGGGUUAGUUUUCUUGGCUUUGGUGUGGAUCUGUUGUGAAACUUCUUAGUCAUAGAGAGAUGUACAAUAAUAAUAACAUGGGACCUCAACCAGGGAUGCCAAGACCUCCUGGAAACCCCCAGCCCGGUCCGUUUGGGAAUCCCUUCACUGGACCUGCCUCGGGCUUUAUCCGUGGCGGGUUGGGUGCGUACGGGGAGAGGAUUCUAGGAUCAAGCUCUGAGUAUGUGCAGAGCAAUAUUACUCGUUACUUCUCUGAUCCCCAAUACUACUUCCAAGUGAAUGAUCAAUAUGUGAGGAACAAACUCAAGGUUGUGCUCUUUCCUUUCCUUCACCGGGGACACUGGGCCAGAAUCUCCGAACCAGUUGGGGGUAGGCUCUCAUACAAGCCUCCCAUCUAUGAUAUCAAUGCGCCUGACUUGUACAUUCCCUUUAUGGCAUUUGGUACAUACCUUGUUCUUGCUGGCCUUUCUUUGGGACUUAACGGAAAGUUUUCACCGGAAGCUUUGAAUUGGCUGUUUGUGAAAGGAUUGGUUGGUUGGUUUUUGCAAGUGAUGCUCCUGAAGGUAACGCUUUUGUCACUUGGUAGCGCUGAGGCGCCUUUGCUAGACAUUGUGGCUUAUGGAGGCUAUGCUUUUGCUGGUCUGUGUCUUGCGGGUUUUGCUAAGAUCAUGUGGGGAUACUCGUAUUACGCUUUGAUGCCAUGGACGUGCUUGUGCACUGGGGUUUUCUUGGUGAAGACGAUGAAACGUGUUCUGUUUGCUGAGGUAAGAAGUUAUGAUUCGAGCAGACAUCAUUACCUCCUGCUGUUUUUGGCUUUGGUCCAGUUCCCUCUUUUGAUAUGGCUUGGUAACAUCAGUGUUAACUGGCUUUUCUGAAAAGUUUUCUUUUCCAAUAAACGAUUUUUGUUGUGAAUUCUUCUUAUUGGUACUUGGUAGCAGAAGAUUGAACAUUCUUGACAUUGUAUGUGGUGAAGAAAAUGCUAUUCUUGAACAUUAUUGUAUUAGUCUCUUUCUAUUUAUGUUUUUCAACAUUGA